UCCGCGCUGCCGGCAACCAGAACUUCCGCAAUGGCCAGUAUGGCGAGGCCUCGGCGCUGUACGAGCGCGCACUGCGGCUGCUGCAGGCGCGAGGUAGGAACCCGCCCCGCGUUUCCCCCCUCCGGGCUUGCGUCCUCCACCUGCAUCCCCGCACCGAGCCUCAAGUUGGCUCAGCCUUCGGGUUUUCCUUUCCCAGCAUCCAACCGCCACACCAGGCCCUCGCAGGGCUUGAUCCCGCGCUUCCUCCCGUCCCUUGCCGCCUAGCUGCGACCCCCAUCUAGCUCCGCCCCCCGAGGCCAGUCGGCUGCGGGCCUUAAGGGCACGCAGCCGCCGCUUCCGCCCGGAAGCUGUUGCGCACUACUCUGCGGGGAACGGAGGUGGUCCCUGUUUGCCGGUCUCCCGGGAUGGCCCCCAAACUCUCAGACUCUGUGGAAGAGCUCCGCGCUGCCGGCAACCAGAGUUUCCGCAACGGCCAGUACGCCGAGGCCUCGGCGCUGUACGAGCGCGCGCUGCGACUGCUGCAGGCGCGAGGUUCUGCAGACCCCGAAGAAGAAAGCGUUCUGUACUCCAACCGUGCAGCAUGCUACUUGAAGGAUGGGAACUGCACAGACUGCAUCAAAGAUUGCACUUCAGCGCUGGCCUUGGUUCCCUUCAGCAUCAAGCCCUUGCUGCGAAGAGCAUCAGCAUAUGAAGCCCUGGAGAAGUACCCCCUGGCCUACGUCGACUAUAAGACUGUGCUGCAAAUUGAUAACAGUGUGGCAUCAGCCCUGGAAGGCAUCAACAGAAUCACUAGAGCUCUCAUGGACUCACUUGGGCCUGAGUGGCGCCUGAAGCUGCCUCCCAUUCCUGUGGUGCCUGUUUCAGCCCAGAAGAGAUGGAAUUCCAUGCCUUCGGAGAGUCACAAAGAGACAGCUAAAAACAAAUCCAAAGAGACUGCAACUGCAAAGAGCAGAGUGCCUUCUGCUGGGGAUGUGGAGAGAGCCAGAGUUCUGAAGGAAGAAGGCAAUGAGCUUGUAAAGAAGGGCAACCAUAAGAAAGCUAUUGAGAAGUACAGUGAAAGCCUCUUGUGUAGUAGCCUGGAAUCUGCCACAUACAGCAACAGAGCUCUCUGCCAUCUGGUCCUGAAACAGUACAAGGAGGCAGUAAAGGACUGCACAGAAGCCCUCAAGCUGGAUGGAAAGAAUGUGAAAGCAUUUUACAGACGGGCUCAAGCCUACAAGGCACUCAAGGACUAUAAAUCCAGCCUUGCAGAUAUUAGCAGCCUCCUACAAAUCGAACCCAGGAAUGGCCCUGCACAGAAGUUACGGCAGGAAGUCAACCAGAACAUGAACUAACCCCAAGAGGGCAACAGGAACCCUCUACCCGACCUUCCCAGACAAGGAAGCUAGGGGCCUCCCCUGCAUCUGCCCCCAAUACCCAGCAUGCCCCUGCGGGAGUGCAAAAGCAACCCCACUUUGGCCCCUUGGAGAGGUGGCAGCCUUCCACCGGAGAAGCUUCGCUUGUCCCAAUUACGUCCAUUGCAGACAAGCACAGGACAGUUUUUAUUUCCAGAAAGGUCUCCACUGGAGCUAAAGUGUGAAGGUCCAGCCCCAGCCUCAUCCCCUUGCUUCAGCCUGGUCCUCAUCAACAAAGUCCUUGGCAAUUGUCAUGCCCCAGAUGUGCCGCAGACUGAUUGAUGCCUUGUGGUGUCCCCAGAGCCCACGCACACGUCUGCAGUUAGUCUGAGCUGGGAGGGUAGUGUUGACAGGCUACAGUGCUGGCUUACCUACACCCAGAGCAGCCUGUUGAGCUGGUUCUCCAAGGCUGCCAGCUCCCCAAGGGUACAGCUGCUGUCUGCACCCUGUCCUUGGCACAGUGUCCUGUGUUGAGCCCCCAGUGCCUUUGGUCCAGGCCCUUUGUGGGAAGGCAGAGCCUGACCCUUGGAGGCUUUGUGCUGCUGCCUUCUGUAUGGAGCUACCUACGCUGUUCAAAGAGCCCGAGUUCCUCCUGGGAUGGGGAGAGAGGCCGCCUUGAGAUUAGUGUCCCUCCAGUCUGAGCAGGAACUGACCUUUCCCUGACAGCAGCCCCUCAGGCUUCUUCAUUGUUUUCUGUUGUUACUGUUAAUAUGUUGAAGUUUAUUGAACGGAUUUUAUUGAACUGUGUGUUGCUGUUGCAUUAAAAGGUUUUCUUGUGUACA